AUGGAAGAACUGCCUGUCUUCCGUGCUGCAAAGCGAAGGAAACAUGUCAGAGGCGCAUCCCAGUCAAUACCUGAUCCCAUUCCUUCAGGGCCCAAUACACCUUCUAUAGAUCAAGUGUCUGAUCACAGCGUCGCCUUAGAAGACAAUGGCUCCGCCGAUGCUGAUGUACCAACACUUAUAAAGGCUCGGAAGCAGUUCAGACGACCAGCUACUGGGGUCCAUUUCUCGACUUCGAAAGCACGGUUUGGACAAGACGAUAGUAACGAUGGGGCGCUUGUCAAGGCGGACCAGACCGUGGAAAGGCCCGUCGAUAUUACUCAGAGAUUUGUUGGAGGUUCAGGUCAAGUGGUUGACGUCGAUCAACACAUGAUUGCGUUCAUAGACUCAGAAAUGGCUAAACGCCGUGAUGUCCAGUCGUCGUCAGUGGGAAUUACGACGCAGACUACAAGCAGUAGUAAUAUUAACUCUCCGACGUCAGAUGGAAAGCCAAUUUCCCUCAAACAAGGAACAUCAACAAAUCCAGCAUCUGCUCAACAGCUCUCUGAAGUCGACCUGGGUUCAUCCGCGCAUGAAAUCAACCUAGCACGUACACAAGCCGCCUUGGAGCGUGCCAAGCUAGGCAAAGCACCCCUUGAGGAAGAAGAGAUCAAACCCGUUAAACUUCGUAAACCACGACUCGGACGUGAUGGGAAGCCGACGAAGCCUCGCCCCCGUAAAAGAAGGAACAGCGAGGAUAUCGCACGUGACGCGCUGGUCGAGCAGGUCUUGCACGAAAACAGACUCGACCUAUACGAGAAUGGAGCAAAUGAUGGACGGACACCAACCGCUGGCUUAUCCGAGAGCGCCACUCAGCAAGACGAACGUCUUGCGGAAGAAUUUCGGCAGAAUUUCCUGGAUGCUGUCGCUCAGAGACAACAAAGGAACAAAGCGUCGAGUCAGCCGAAGGUCCCCGGGGCCACCACCGAGAGCAGGGGUCCAAAGCUUGGAGGGAGCAGGAGUGCAAGAGCGAAAAUGGCACAAUUACAGCAACAACAGCAGGGGCAGGCAAAGAAAUAG